AUGUCUCCCACGUUCAUCAUUUUCUCCUAUUUAGACUCGGCCAGUAGUUCAAUCCGGACCAGAAUCAGAUCGAGAAGCGAGCCGAGGGUCAUCAGAAUUCCUGGCGACGGGACCAACGUCCGACGAAGCCAGUCCUCCAGCAACUUCAGGCCUCGAUUCCCGUCGGGCUGCGACUGUUUGCAAGCCCCGACCAUUGUCCAGCGAUUUCGAGCUCUCGACGACCGAGGUUUGCUUAGCCCCGUCUUCCGACAACGGCCGAGACCUCCGACUUCCAGCCAUGUCCUCGACCUGCGAUCGGCAACCGAGGCUCCGUCCGGCGGCCUUCGUCCGACCUCGCCAAGCUUCCGGAAAGUCGAGCCAUCGGAUUCCCGCGGGUUCCGACGACUAAGGACUACCCGACGAACAGAGGAGGGCCGAAGUGCCGAGCUGCAGCCGCUUAGCCGAGCCGAAAACCGUCUGAACCGAGCUCCUUUCUUUCUCUGUUUUUCACGAGAAAGGGAGACUUUGUGUGACAUUCCUGCCGUGGAGACAGAUUACACGGGAUUUUAUACAUUAACUCUCCUUCUAUUGACUCUCAUCUCUCCUUACAUAACGCAUCACGAGGAACCCAAGUGCAGUAAAACUUACAGAUGUUCGCAUAAAAGCAAGAUCUACAACCAAUAA